GUUUACAACACUGGAUUUGGAACACACACAAUUUCCUCUCUGUUGAUUUUGAUGCAACAGGAUUGUCAACAAUCAUUGGUAUUUGCAGUCUUAUUUGAAGAGAUAAUUGGACAUAUCUGUAACUUGUACGUCUGGUGGCACGACACACUGAGAUUUCUUCGGGACGGUCAAGAUGUGAAUGUAUUGCAUUGCCGUUGCGUGCAUUAUGUCUUGACAUCAUGAUGUGAGCAAUCCUCUGGGCCCAAGAUGACUUCCACCAUGGUGCCUGCCAAUGGCAUCUCUCCAGACCCGGUCAACACCAGUAUCCAUCCUGAUGUUGUGCGUCAGGGAUGCUUCUGUGACUUUGAUGCUAUCGCUUGCACAAGGAAUGGGAUUUUGUCACUAUUUGCUGGUGUGUUAACUAUCCUGUGUAUAUAUAAGAUUGUUCGUUUGCAUCAGGCCUAUGAGCAGUACUACCAUCAACUCCUGGUGUUUUACUGUGCAACAGCAGAAUGCCUUAUUGUUAUUGUCCAUUGGGUGUAUAUCCACUACCCUCAGAUGGAGUUAGCUGCAGAAUAUAUGAAGAUGCUACAACUCCUCAUUGUGUGCCAUUUUUAUCUGUCUCGCUCAGUCAGACUGCUGCGAAGAGACUACCUCGGUAUGAAGCUUGUCCUUCCUGUCUUGGUAUUCUUCUUUGCCUACUUCAGUGCUGUGGCUGUUACUGCCAUCGCUGUUUCCAAAGACACAAACAUGGAGUGCUUUGAUCCAUAUUGGGUGAUGAUGUCUGCCGCUGAAUGCUUCCUAACACAGCUGUUCCUAUUGGCUGGUAUUCUGAUCACCAAGAAGAUGAAUGAAGUCACAACAUUGGAGAGUGCGAGAUGGCAGCAGAAACGCAACUUAUGGAGCAUCAUUAUUGCCUUUGAAUUGUCUUCCUUGACAACGAUGCUGUUUGACAUUGUUAACCUGGGCUUGGAUCCAUGGAAUGACAGUUGUGCUGAUAUUUACAAUCGUAACCAGGUUGUCUACAGCAUUAUCUACCUGUUCCUGAUGCUUUUCAAGAUAGUGGUGCCUAUUGUGACGCUUCUUGCCGUCUUUCAUCCCGUGUCUAGACACAGCAAUGGUAACCAGGACGAAUUCUUAACCAGUGAUACACAAUAUGGGGCAUUCCAACCCCGUUUCACAUCUCUGGGCAGCUACCGUCGCCUAUAUCAACCAGGCACAGAUGACCAUGGUAUACCCUGGGUACCACCCUCACAGUACGCCAGCCCUGCACGCAGGUCUCAGUCCUUUCCUAAGAUGCCAAGUAUCAGGGAGGAACAUGAACCAGCGAGCCUGUCGCUACCGGUAACCGCAUAAAUGAUAUGGAACCCUGGGAUUGGCUGGAUAGUUGUGAAAGCAACCAUUUCAAGAGACCUUUUUAAGGGGAGGAUGAGUACCGCAAAUAUGAUUGACGUCGAGUCAAUAUUGCGUUAAACAUGGAAUUAGUGCAACUUAUUUAUCCAGGUGCUUUUGCCAAAGGCCGCUUUCAUUUUUAUACCAAUGUAAAACAUUUUAUAAAAAAAUGGCUUUUUUAGUUUUCAAAAAGCCUUUGUCAUGGAUUUUUGAAAGAACUGUACUGUUUUAAGGCUGUAAUGUGAUCUAUGGUGAAUUAAGCAUGAAAAGGAAAUCAGAACAAUUACUGCUAAAAAUGCCUUGUCUGUUUAUAUAUUUUGUUUUUGUUUGUUUUUGUUUUUUCAAGAAAAAUUUACCGUACAAAGGCUUUGAGUGCCUCGAUGGAGCACCUUGAGCACCAAAUACUGGUGGAUACUUGGACUUUAAAAAUACACAUUGUUUAAGGCAGUUACUCAAAAAGAUAAGCAGAACUAGUUUUGCUACAACCAGUUUGGUUGUAUGACUGCACACGUUUUCAUAUAUUCAGAUUUUACGAUUUUAAUCUUGGUGAACACGGCAGUGUACUCAGAUCUACAUGUAUUGGGGAUAAUGCUACAAAUAUCAAUCAAAAUUUUAAAUAGAAGAUGAAAAGACAGUUCACACACAAGUAAGAGAAUAAAAAGUACUGUAAAAUGUCGUGCGGUCUAAAGCCACGUUCGCAGUGGACUCAAGUUUGUAAAAAGUUACCGCAAAUGAUUGUUAACAUUCUAUCGUGGUUACACUUCCGUGCAUUCUCACUUACAUUAAUGUCGGACUUCGCAAAGUCAUUUGUUAUGUAAACUAUGCCCUACCAUGCUCUCUCAGCAUCUCGUCAUUUGCUGUACAUAUCAUCUAUCAAGCGCAGUCUACAAGUUGGUCAUAUGAUCACAACGUAAAUUUUACAUAGUAGUGGCCGUCGGCACAUGACUUUUCAGUGAUGUAAAACCUACAUUGUAAUUCUCUGUAACCCAAUUUGCUCUGUAAAAUUCUGCUGUGAAGCGCAAGACUUACAAUCGACAAUUGUCACUUGACAUUUUUGUGAAGUGUACUGUCUGUCAGCACUGGACUUAAUUUGGUUAAGUUGACAACAGUCUUUGUAAGUUUUACCCAAAAAAGGUCCAAUGGCAACACGGCCAAUGGUUUUCAUACUUUUUUUUUAUAAUUUUUUUUUUAUUUUGCUGACACCCGUUAUGCUCAUAAUCAUUACUUUGUGUUUCCCCAAGUGAAAAUUGUCAAAUGAUGAUUUGUGCUCAUGCAGUUGGAAUACUGAACUUGAUGUUUGAGAUCGUUUGUAGCUAGUAUUUUUGUAAGUGUAGGAUCUCUUUGCACACUUAGCAUCCUGGGCAAAUGCAGUGGAACGCCACUAUAACGGACAUCGCGGGAUCCACAGAAAUUGUUCGUAAUAGCGAUCGUUCGGUAUAGCGAUUUUAAAGCUGCCGGUGCUCCGGUACUCACUUUCCUGCUCGCCCUGGUAGUUACUGAAAGACGACUUUGAACACGUGCCGACUAUUGAAUCAUGCAAUUACAUAGUUUUUUAGCUUACUACCUACACUGUACAGCAAUGGGUGGCUUUCCCCUUCCAUUCCUUGGGAAAAUAACAGCCACUUGUCGCUCUUCUGUGGACAUUUUUCAACAACAGUGUUCAGUACACGGGAGCCAAACACGAUGUUUGGUAUAGCCGAAUGUUUGGUAUAGCGGUGUUCGGUUUAGCGACAUUCCACUGUAGUUCAAUUUAUUUGAAAUUCAGCUGAACUACUUAGAACCUUUGCAACUUUUUAUGCGCUUGUUUUCUUUGACACUAAAAGAAAGUAAGACAAACCAAUGCGUUAUAUACACAAGCGAGCUGUUUUGAUUUAAAACCCAAGCACUUGGAAAAUAGGUAGGUUCAGAUGUAUGUUUUUGCCUGUACAGUAUUUUAAUGUACAAUAAUUAUCAUAAUGUAAAUUUCUUUUAUACAAAAUAGAGUGCAAAACUGAUGAGUACUUUUAAGUGAGCCAAAAAGACAAUCAAAAUCCAUCCCCCCCCCCCCCAUUUUGGGGGAUUUUGGCAGAUAAGCUAUGUGUAACAAGUCCAUCAAAAUCCAGGAGCACCAGUGGUGGAUUUCAAUGGAUUUGGUCCUGAAGCAUUAUGGUGAAGCAGAGUCAGUGAUGGAUUUUGAUGGACAUGGUUUUCUACUUAGUAAAACUAAGUAGGGAGUUAGGAUUUCUAAAAAAAAAUGUAAAAAAAAAAAAGAUAACAAGAUUGUGUUAGGUACCAUUUGUUUUGCCAUUUCUGGAAAUGAUUCUUGAUAAAAAUCAUUUUACAAUCACAAAGAUUUUAUUUGAGACUUAGUAAAUAUUUUUUUUUAUAUAUUGUAACUUAUUUGAGAGUAAACUGGGCAAUGAUUGUAGCUCGCACAUCUUGGUUUUUUUUUACUUUUAUUGUUUUAUUUUACCAGGGUAGCCCCAUCAGUUAUCUAAGAACUGUUCUCCCUGUGGGCCCUGGAUGAACCUCUAUAGUCAAUUAUUUUGUUGAACAUUUGAAAAAAAAAUACAAAGACAGUAUAAAGGGUAUGACAGCACAGCUCUUAUAAUCACAUGGACAUUGCCCCUAAAGGUUACAAAGUGUUAAACAUUAACAGAACUCUUUACAAUUUCUCCAACUUUUCACAUGUACAUCUUUUUAGGUUUUUGGUCAGUUUUAAAAAUAACACUGAUAACUAAGAAGAUAUAUUAAGAGAAUUUUUGUUUUACCUUUCAGUGUGUGUGUAUAUAAAUUCACUGUUGGAAAGUACAGUUGCCUUAUCUUUUUGGUCACACCUCUACUGCUAAAAAAAUAUUUUAAAAAGACUCCAAGGGUUAAGCACUGCUUAGGAGAUAGAGACAUUAUAUAUAGCUCCUGUUACUUCUUAUGUAUAUCACUUUUUGGUUGUAUUUGGAUUAGAUGUAUUUGGAUUAGAUGUAUUUUUACUUUAUUGUAUAUAUAUAUUCGAACUAAGAACUCGGGCAGCUUGUUUUACAAAAGUGUCUAAAUACUGAUUUAAGAAAAUGUUUAUGAAGAAAUGUACAUGUAUAUAAAAGCUGAACAAUUAUAUUUUGCAACCAGAUUUUCCCCUAGCCCCAUACCCAGAUAGCAUGGUGAGUUCAUUUUAAGGCAAAGGUAAUUCAACAGUUGAGAUUAUAGAACUAAAAAACCUUCACUUUUUUUUUUAUUUGUUGCACUGACAGUUUUAGAAAGGAAGAAAGGCAAAACGCAUCCUUUCAAUUUAAUUUAAAUGUCUUAAAGUAGAAACUUCUGAAGGCCUUAAUUGUAAUCACCUGCAUAUGCAAAACAAAAUAGAUUUAAAAAAAUCAUUUUUAGAUUUGGGUAACUGUUUUAUUGAUACUCAUUCACAAAUAGUUACUACAUUUGGUGUUUAUUACUUGUUAUAUUUACUCAAGAAUUACAUUUUUUUCUCACUUUACUUGUGUAUAACCCUGAAUUACCUCCCCAAUUCACUGAAAACAAAAUUAUGGUAAUAUAAUCACAAGUACGUGUAUAAUUUAAUGUAUAUAGCGAAAUAUGUUUUGUACAGUUUUUACAUGUCCAAUUGAAUUAAGUGCACACAGGACAUGUACAUUUACUCAUUUGUAUCGACGUCCGUAGGCCUACGUUAUCACAAAAAGUGGAAAUGUGGAAUACGCUUUUGGGGUACCUCGGUGCUUGAGUCAAAUGUACUGCGCUACGAGGAAAUGUUACUCUCAAAAGAAGACUGGUUAAAUAUUAAACAAAUAAUCUAAAUUGCCCAAAUGCACUUCAUAAAUUGUUUGAAACUUCUUCAGAAACCAUGUCGCAAGAAUAAAACAAAUCUUAGAAAUACUAAGUUACAAUUGACCUAAAAUGUAUUUAUUGUAUAUUUGUAGAAAAUAUGAUUUUAUAAGCUUGUACUGUCAUUUGACAUUAUUGAGGGCGUACUUUCUCAGUAUUGCAUUUUAACAAAAUAAACGAAUGGGCAGUAUGCUGCUAUAUUUAGUUUUGUUGAGGUA